CCUUAAAACCCAUCAUAUAUAUUGUUGGUAUAAUAUCACAUUUCUCCCAAUUUAAUAAGCUGUGCUUCGUUUCUUUUGUUCCCGUCUUCAGAACGUUUGAACGAAAAGGUUUGGUACCAGGACCUGAAGUAUGGCCAAGCAUCAUCCUGAUUUGAUCAUGUGCCGUAAGCAGCCUGGAAUUGCGAUUGGACGACUUUGUGAGAAAGAUGAUGGGAAAUGUGUAAUCUGUGAUUCCUAUGUGCGCCCUUGUACCCUUGUGCGAAUCUGUGAUGAGUGCAACUACGGAUCUUUCCAAGGUCGGUGUGUAAUCUGUGGUGGCGUUGGCAUCUCGGAUGCCUACUACUGCAAAGAGUGCACACAGCAGGAGAAAGAUAGGGAUGGGUGCCCAAAAAUUGUUAAUUUAGGCAGUGCUAAAACAGAUCUGUUCUACGAGCGCAAGAAGUAUGGUUUCAAGAAAAGAUGAUGACUUGCUGGACUGUAUAUGAAGACUCUGAUAUAUUUUAUGUCUACCGCUCCUUCUGUGCAUGGAAAUACACGAGUCUACAUAAUUUGGAAGUUUAAGUAUGUACCUUUUUAUGUUCUUGAUAUUAUGACAUGCUUUGUUUCUUAUGAUCUAAAGAGAGACAUGAAUUGUGUUUGAACUUUGUAUGCGAAUUUUUUAAAAGCAUGUGUGCUUAAAAUUGUAUUGGACUCCAUGCAUGAUUGAGGUUCA